AUGGUCUGGAUUUAUGGUGGAGGGUUUCUGCUUGGAGGAGGACAAGGAGCUAGUUUUCUUGACAAUUACCUGUAUGAUGGAGAAGAGCUGGCAGUCCGAGGCAAUGUUAUUGUGGUGACCUUGAACUAUCGCGUGGGUCCACUAGGAUUUCUGAGCACAGGGGAUGAGAAUGCUCCAGGAAACUAUGGUCUGUGGGAUCAGCAUUUCGCCAUUGCAUGGGUGAAGAGGAACAUUGUGGCCUUUGGAGGUGACCCCGACAACAUCACCAUUUUUGGAGAGUCAGCUGGAGCCGCCAGUGUCUCUUUACAGGUAACUGAGGGCCUGUGUCAGUGA